AUGCGGCUUCUGUGUUUGCUGCUUCUCGUGCCGGCCAUCGUAUUUGCAGAUACGGCGGUGAACUGUGGCGAUUGUCUGAAGGUUCUUGGCCGUUUCCGCCCGACGGUUGCUGAUGUGAAGACACUGGACCUGCGAACCACCCGAAAAUGGUUCAUGGCUAAUUGCCAAGUCGGAAGUCUGGUCGAAGAAGCACAUGAGGGUCUGCCACACAUGGAAGAAGACUAUUGCGCGCUGAUGUUUGAGCAGAACAAGCUGACCAUAGAGUUGGCGAUGAAAACCAUGAUUGCUGGGAAGACCGACGAGGAAAUUUGUGAGAAGGUGCGCUGCGUUAGUGGUCCCAGCCUAAGGAGA